AUGGAAGAAGAAUUAGAUAUGUCAUUUUUCGAUGUUGAAGAUUUAGUAGAUGAUGUUGUCGGUGUCGACUUCAAUAUAGUUGCACAAUUACAUCGACAAUUACAAUUACGCACAGCCAUAGCUGAGCUAACAAUGUUAUGCAUUGUUGCGCAUGCGUUGAAUAUAUUGAACAUAUAUUCUACGUCAAGAAAUAGUAUUACAGAUUUUGUUCCAGACAGAGAUCGUCGCCGAGAGCAGCUGAUGUCUUACCUAGUGCAUACAAAUAGAUGUCGCGACGUUAUUUGGAUGGGACCAGAGGCAUUUAUUAACCUAUGUCAGCGCUUAAGGGAAACUGGGUUAGUGAAAGAUGUUGUAAGGUGCACAUUGGAGGAACAAGUUGCUAAGUUUCUGCACAUCAUUGGGCAUAAUGUCAAGAAUCGUAGUGUGUCAUUUUUCUUCUAUCGUUCUGGCUCGACUAUUAGCAGACAUUUUCAUAAUGUGUUGGAUGCAGUCUUAAGUUUGGAAUCAGAGUUCUUAAUUCAACCGUCCGGCACAGAGGUGCAAGAUCAUGUCUUGAACAAUAGUCGAUUCUACCCGUACUUCAAGGAUUGCGUGGGGGCCAUAGAUGGAACUCAUGUUCGGGUAAGGGUCCCUAGAUCUGAGGCUCCCAGAUAUCGAGGAAGGAAGGAUUGGCCAACUCAAAAUGUCUUUGCCGCAUGUGAUUUUGAUAUGAAAUUCACUUAUGUGCUAGCAGGCUGGGAGGGGACAGCAUCUAAUUCCAGAAUAUUGAAAGAUGCUCUUAUUAGAGAUGAUCCUUUGAUCAUACCUGAAGGCAAAUACUAUCUCGGGGAUGCUGGUUUUAUGCUAAAAAAAUCAAUUCUGACUUCGUAUAGAGGUGUAAGAUAUCACCUUAAAGAGUAUGCACAAAGAGGGCCACAAAAUCCACGCGAGCUUUUUAAUCUUCGACAUUCUUCUUUGAGAAAUGUAAUUGAGAGAACAUUCGGAGUGUUGAAGAAACGAUUUCCUAUCAUAGCAAGUUGA